AUGGACAAUCAAAAUGCAGAUAGACGCCAUGACCUGUCUCCCGCUGGUGUCGAAGACCCAUACGAAUCUAUCGACCAGCCGGAGCCCUCAGAGAACAUCACCGAUGCGGCUCGAAAGGCACCAGUGCAUCGUGACAACAAUGCCCCUAAUACCGUCACCAUUACUUGUCACCAUAUCCGAAUAGGUGACCUUCUCAUGCUUCAAGACCGACCGUGCCAAGUUAUUCGCAUCUCGACGAGCGCUGCCACGGGCCAGUAUCGCUAUCUUGGUGUUGAUAUCUUUACUAAAAAGCUCUGCGAGGAUUUCUCUUUCAUCUCCAAUCCGGCCCCUAGUGUCGUCGUGCAGACAAUGCCUGGCCCCACGUUCAAACAAUACCGUCUCGUCAAGUUUGAUGAGGGCCAGAUUGUAGCGAAGAGCGAGACAGGUGAGAUUAAGCAUGGCCUGUCCGUAAUUGAUCAAGCAGACCUUUACUCUCGCAUUCUCGAAGCUUUCGAUUCUGACCGUGGAUCCGUCCGCCUACUCGUUAUCAACGAUAAUGGUCGUGAGCUUAUUUUUAACAUGAAGGUUGUUCACGGAUCAAGACUCGGAUAUAUGGCACCGGAAGAGGGAUUAGAAAAAGCAGUUCGCGAGAACAACCGCGAUAACGUUGAAGAGGCCCUGAGGUUGGGGGCAAAUAUUAACGCGUUGGACAGCAGGGGGCGGACAGCCCUGUUUGCUGCCCUCGAAGCUCACAAUAGUGAGAUGAUUAGCCUUCUGCUAGAGCAUAAGAUCAAUCUUGGGGUAUCGGAUAAUCUCGGAAAGACCGUGCUGGAUAGAUUGCAAAGAAGCUCUAUGAGACGUCGACCAGUUCAGGUAGCUUCCAUGCACCACACACACUAG